UUAUAUACAUGCCCUUAUGGACCCAUCCAUGGAUCUACCGAUGCAUAUAGAACAACCGACGUUUAACCCUCCACAACUCGUUAACCAUGACCUUAACCCCCCUCCCCAAGACCCUACCCUAGCCCCUGAUUUCUCUUUUCCCGAACCUGAUUAUGCUGAGUUGAUAACGGCGGCUAUAACGGCGUUAAAGGAGAAAGAAGGGUCAAGCAGGGUAGCUAUAGCCAAGUAUAUAGACAGAGUCCACCCAAAUCUACCACCCAAUCACUCGGCUUUGUUGACUCAUCAUCUCAAGCGCUUGAAGAAUUCUGGAUAUCUUGCUAUGGUGAAACACUCCUACCUGCUUGCUACACCUGGAUCUGCUCCGCCUCCGCCGGAGGCGGCGGCUGUUGAUUCAAAUGGGGGUGACGCUACUCCGUCUAAGCGGAAACCUGGUCGUCCUCCUAAGUCGAAGCCUGAUGCCCAGUAUCAAGACCCAUUUCAAGGGGCUCAGAUUCAGGCCCAACAGCAGCAACAAGCAGAGUUCCAGCCUCAGUUCGUUCCUCAACCGCAAUUCCAGCAGUUUCAGCCUGAUCCGUUACUCCAAAAUCAGAUCCUUUUUCAGUCUCAGCAACAGCCACAGGGAUUUGCUGCUCCUCAUGAAGCUGAGAAUUAUACGAAUCUUGGGGCUCAGUCUGUGUUUGUUUCUCUUGGGUUAGCUGAUGGGCCUGUUGGGGUUCAGAAUCCAGGUGGUUCUGUUCCUUCUCCUACUGGAACUCCGGUACCGGCAAGUAACACCAAGAGACGCUCUGGUCGUCCUCGAAAGGAUGGUUCCACUGUAGUAAGGUCGUUGGAAACAAAAUCACCUGAACAGAGUGGUACGAAGAGGCGACCUGGUCGUUCUGCUAAGACUGGCACAGUAAAUGCUUCUCCUGCGGCUUCCCCCAAGCCCAGAGGGCGGCCAAAGAAAGGUUCUACUCCUGGACGAAGAGGCAGACCUAGGAAGAAUGUGCCUGUUAAUGUUAAUGCCGAUGUAGCCAACAUUCCUUCUGGUAAUCCCAAUAUUCCUGUUGAUGGUGGUGACCUUACUGCUCAAACACCAACCCCUAAACGACGGGGAAGGCCAGCAAAAUCUAACAAUCAAGGUGGACCUGCUGCUGCAUCUGUCGGUGUCACUGAUGUGCCUAUUGCUGCUGCUUUUGAUUCCGAGGGCUUUCCUAACACUGUUAGUGGUGUCACAAAUGGGGCUACUACGCCCCUUGGAAAGCGACGUGGACGUCCUCCAAAAUCAUAUAGUAGUCCAGCGGUUACUUCUACUGUUAAGAGAGCCAGGAAGCUUUCGGGGAGGCCUCUAGGUCGACCUAAAAAGAAUGUGACAUCCCCUGCAGUUUCGGACCCCAAGUUAGUGGUGGCUUAUGAAGAUCUAAAGGGCAAACUUGAUAAUAUGCAAUCAAGAAUCAGGGAGGCAGCAAAUGCACUGAGGCCAUGCUUAAAUGCUGAAACACCAGCAACUGCUCUGGCAGCAUUUCAAGAGUUAGAAGAGUUAGCAGGACCGGAUGUUGCAGAGAUGGAGGCAGUGGUUUAACUCCAGAGUGCAAAGAUUAUUCAGGGCUGGAGACUGUGAAAAUCAAGGCAGUUUCAGGGCAGAGCUAGUUGUUGGUGACGGGAUGAAGAUGUGCUUAGACAGUGUAGUUACUUCUAAGGGAUGUAUUUGUUACUGUCAAUUUGUUAGGUUAAUCAGGAUUCGAUAUUUCGUUGCACAGUAUGCAUUAUGUUGUAGUUCUAACUAUUUGUAGUUGAUUUCGUCGUUUGAUAAGUACCUUAUCUGCUAAUUUUGUUAGUGACAUUAAAGGGAGACUAUGUCAUGCUCUUGGAGUAUGUUGGAUGGUUGGAAAUGCCUUUGCCAGUUUUAUAAUACCUCUCUUCUUGGA